ACAUGACAGCACACAUCUGCUGCAGCUUCCUCUCGUGCCAACAAAGCGUCCACCGAAGCCCUAUCCCAGUUCCCCGCCGUGCUUCCCUUCCCUUUCUCACAUCACAGCCAACUCCACUUCCAUGGAUGAUGAUGGGCCCUUCAACUUCAUCUUUACUAGAGUAGCUCUCUCUAUAUAAACAACCCCCUCUACCUCCUAGCUUACGAACCCCAGUACUCCACACAUACAAAGCAAAGCAGAGCAGAGCAGAGCAAAGCCAAGAACCCACCGCAUCUGUCUCGCCUCGUCAUCGCCGUCCAUUGAUUUCAUUUGCUGCAACCACGCCGCGCGCUACGUGACCGUAGAGCUAGACAGCGAACCAGUGAUGGCGGGGGAGCGGCAGCGGCGGCGGACGGGGCUGGUGGCUGCGGCGGACGCGGCCUCGUGGUGCUUCGCGCUGUCGGUGGUGGCGCUGCUGCUGGUGAGCUCGCUCGGCGCCGGCGCCGGCGAGGAGCGCGGAGCGGUGGUGGUGCGUGGCCCGCGGCUGCAGUCGCGGGGGCCGUGCGAGGAGAUAUACGUGGUGGGGGAAGGCGAGACGCUGCACGGCAUCAGUGACCGGUGCGGCGACCCCUACAUCCUGGAGCACAACCCGCACGUCCACGACCCCGACGACGUCUUCCCGGGCCUCGUCAUCAACAUCACGCCCCGCCUCCGCGCCGCCUCCACCAACCGCUGAUCACCCAAGCGAAACUCAAUCCUUCACUGUUUCUCGGCGGCGUCACCCGUGCUCGAGUUUGAAGGCAUGAGCCGGAGCAAGAAAUUGUAUGUUGCUAAGUGAAAUGGACCAUCUCCGACUGGCUGUGAAGAGAAAAAAGAAAUUGCUCGCCCAACGAUCUCUCCGUUUAAUUAAGGUCUUCCUUCCAUCGCUGAAACAGAGUUGGCCACUUCUUGCUUUGUUUGCUAGCCGAGGAACCAAGACAAGGUUGCCUGCCUGCCCGCGCGGCUGCAGGAACUGUGAAUUGCACUGCAGGACUUUGGAACGGGGGCGACAAGUCAAGGACUCAAGGCAACGGCUACUUUUGGGGACUGCAAUGUAGCCGUUUGAUGUUUGCUUGUCCUUGCGUUCACUCUUUUUAAUAUGCCAUCAGGUUCAGUCCUAACGGGGAAGAGAACACGCCCUGUGAUUAAAAAGAAGUACCCGUGGAAGUCCAAUAUCAUUCCAAGACCUUAGCAUUGCUUCAUCGCAGAUCGAACACAAAACCUCGUCGCGAGAACGUAGACACCCCAACCAAUCUACAUGAUGUCUAUAGUAUUGUUUAUACAUGACAUGGAGUGGUAUUAGAGACACUAACUGUCUAAGCUAAUGUACAUUCCCUCACAACUAGGGUGACUAGUUAACCCGAGAUCCGCCAAUGCAGCAUUUUGACCAAUGAUUUCGGCCUGGUUUUCAUA